AUACUGAAAGCGAUUGAGCAGAAGUACAUGUAGUUACGUAACCAAGAUGACUUGACAGUAUUUAGUACCGGGACAUAUAAGCGGUAAAAUACAGUUAACUCUGUUCCAGGUGUACGUCUCAAAUUGACCAUGAAGUGUCUCUCGUUGUGAGACAACGGUCAGACUCUAACGUCGUCAUUUAAUUCAGUGUUAACCGUCCUUCCUACCGUCAGCUAACGUCCUAUCAUGUGGGUUUUCGGCUACGGGUCUCUCAUAUGGAAAGUGGAUUUUCCUUAUGAGGAAAAAAUAAUUGGCUACAUAAAAGGCUUCAGCCGCCGGUUUUGGCAAGGCAGUACCGACCACCGGGGUGUACCGGGGAAGCCUGGCCGGGUGGUGACCCUGGUGGAGGAUCCUGAGGGGUGCGUUUGGGGCGUUGCUUACAAGCUGCCGACGGGCCGGGAGCAGGAAGUGAAGAGUUACCUCGACUACAGAGAAAAAAAUGGUUAUCAGGUCAUCUCGGUGACCUUUCACCCCCGUCCACCACUUUCUCCCCCGCCCAGCCAAAUGCUGCUUUACAUCGGAUCUCAGGACAAUCCAGACUACCUCGGCCCCGCCCCUCUGGAGGAGAUAGCCAACCAGAUCGUCGACUCUACCGGUCCAAGUGGGCAAAACACAGAGUACCUAUUUCAGCUGGCUGAUGCUGUGAGGACAAUUCUGCCUGAGGACUCAGACACACACCUGUUUUCUCUAGAAAGUUUAGUGAGAGAAAGACUACACAACGGUCAAAAACACUCACACACCCAGAUGGGUUGAUUGUGAUUAGAUAACUAAUAAAACGUGAUCAAUGAUAUAUAACUGGCCAGUAUUUGUCAGCUACACGUCUGUUACAAGUGUCACACUACAAGUAUAUGUCAUGCAGAAACACACCUUACAAAUAAUAUCUAUUGAAAGCUACUUAAAACCAAAACAUACAUGAAGGUACUGUAUUUCAAACUACAUGUUGAAUGAGGACCCUAAAAUAUGCUUUGGAUAAACUAAAUGUACUCUUUACAAUACAGAACAGAGCAAAUGAAGAAUGUUUUGAAUGAAUAAAUAAAUUCUGAGUGAAUAUCCACCUA